CCUCCCUCGGUCAAAUUUGUUCUUCUCUCUGUUGUAGGCUGAGGAGCUUACAAGGAUCGAUCUAGAGAUCAAUGUUUAAGAAAAUGCUGCAUCGAAUACGGGAGCUACUGCUGUCCCUGAUCUCCUUUGCCGUUUCGCCAAAGCUGGUUACUUAUGCAAGGAAUCCUCCUAAUUCGUCGACCCUGGAAGUUGGUGACAAUGAAGGCAAUGACUAUGACUCGCAUUGCCUGAGUUGGAGGUUGGCAGUGGAGGCAAACAAUGUUCGAGGGUGGCGGACGGUUCCUGCUAGGUGCCAGAAAUACGUCGAGAGGUACAUGACCGGAGGGCAGUACGAACGGGACACCGAGCUGGUUGUGGACGAGAUACUGAGCUACGUGGACAGGAUCGUGCUGCCUGGAGACGGCAUGGAUGCCUGGGUUUUGGAUGUCGAUGACACCUGCAUCUCCAAUGUAACUUACUACAAGGGAAAGAGAUAUGGGUGCGAUCCAUUCGAAGGAGCAGGAUUCAGGGCAUGGGCAGGGAAGGGAGAGUGCCCGGCCAUUCCAGGAGUGCUGAGGCUGUACAAGAAGCUGAUUGGAUGCGGGUUCAAGGUUAUCCUUAUCACGGGCAGGGACAAGGAGAGACUUGGCCAAGUCACCAUCCUUAACCUGCACGACCAAGGGUUCUCUGGCUACCAACAGCUCAUCAUGAGGACACCGGAACACAAGGGGCAAAAUGCGGUCGCAUACAAGUCUAAUGUCCGGAGGCAAAUUGUGGAAGGAGGAUACAGAAUACGGGGCAACGUUGGUGACCAAUGGAGCGACCUUCAAGGGGAACAUGUUGGCGACCGUACGUUUAAGAUUCCUAAUCCUAUGUAUUAUGUUUCUUGACGUCCAUCAAAACAGCCAUGAUUGACAUGCUUUUCAAAUUAAAAAAA